AUGGUCGCCUCUUCGUAUGUGUUGGCAGCUACAGUUGUAUCAGCCCUGGUCUUCUUCGUAGGCAUGCCACUGGGUCGACGAGGCUGCAUUCUUAUGGGUGACGGUCUCGUCAUAAUUGGGUCUGCCAUUCAAGCUACUGCGUUUUCUAUGCCCCAUAUCAUUGUUGGAAGAGUUCUUUGUGGAUUCGGCAUCGGCUUCAUCUCCAGCACAGUUCCCACUUACAUGGCCGAAAUGGGAACCGAAGCAUCUCAGAGAGGCCCAGAAGUCGCCAAACAAUGUGCGUGGCUGAUAACCGGCAUAGCCGUGGCUUACUGGAUUGAUUUUGGUACGACAAGAUCAAACAGUCAAGCAUCGUGGAGAUUUCCAAUCGCAUUCCAGUCCUUUUUUGCUUUUGUCUCGGGUAUAUGCCUACUAUUUCUUCCCGAUACUCCACGAUGGUACUACGCCCGAAACAGGAUCGAAGAAGGAGAUGCCGUUUUAGCCCUCUUGAAUGAUCGCAAUCUCGAUGAUCCACACGUGCAGGAACAGAAACGAGAUAUUCUUCGAAGCAUUCAGGUUGAAGCUGAAGACGAGAACAAACUCAGCCUUAUAAGCCUGGUGUGGGAUAACACAGAACUGCAGCUCUUGGCUGCUGUGAUGAACACUUUCUUUGCCAUUGGGACAUACUCAUUUGGCUAUGGGUGGGUUGGCUGUCCAUGGCUGUACGGCCCUGAGAUUGCGCCGCUUCGAUAUCGCCAUGUUGCUGGAGCCGCUGGUUCCUUGGGCGAGUGGCUUUUUUCCUUCAUCACCGUCUUCGCUGGUGGAAUCGGGGCUGAAGUAGCUGGGUGGAAGAUCUGGAUUUGGCAAAUCAUCUUUUGCAUUAUUGCAGUUUUAUUCGUGUAUUUCUACUGCCCUGAGACCAAAGGCAAAACUUUGGAAGAGAUUGAUGAAAUUUUCGCAAAGUCUGGUGCUUACCACGAUGCCGGAGUUGACGAGAAAGCAAUGGAAGGUAGUAAUCAAGCAAGCGACAUAUCGCAUGUCGAGCACUCGGGUGACUCUCAAAACUAUCAGAUUAAUUCUCGAUAUCUAUCAUGGGAUGGAAUCAUACACGAUGGAGCACCACAGCAGUGGGGCCCCGGUUUACCACAGUCCCACCAUGAAAUUGACAGGAGUACAAUCCUGGUCCAGAAAUUCGCCAAGUCAAUACUUUUCGAGAACCUUAGAGAGUGA